CCUCGAAAGUUAUCAAUACCGUCGCACCAGCGAUCAACGCCUCUUCCUAGAGGCAUUGGCCUACGAGAUCUGCCUUUGGAUGCCCAUGCUCUGAGGCCCUGACUGAUGCGACCACUCCAUGCGCCCCUUGUCAUCUUCAAUGCCCGACUGAGGCAAAGCCAGGGGUCAUGCGCCAUUGUACUACUCGCUGUGUUGAUGGCAAAGUUGCCUCGAACUCAACCCGCACGCCGCUUCAGUCCAACCUCAACUUUACUUCACGCCACCAUCCCAGUAUACGCCGGAGUGAAUGCUGUGCUGUGCUUAAAGCCGGCCACAUCCUUCCCUUGGUCCUCCAUCACACUCCUCCCGCUCCGCUCCACUCCACACCUGUCCUCUGGUUGCCCGCAGCCGUCGGUGUUGAGAGAGAAGGGCAACUGCGAGCAAGAUGCUGCCCGGAAGCUCCCGCCUCCCCGCCGGCGCCUCUGCGCUGGAGGCACCCGAGGGCCGCCCGGCCUUCGUCAGCGUGCACAAGCGCAUCGACCACCCCGUCCCCGCGUCCGCGGUCCGCCGCUGGGCUCCCGACCCCCCGGUGGCUCGCUCCGGCCGUCCGGAGUGCGGGCCCACCGUGUACCUGCAGAGGACCCCCGAAAUGAACCGCGUGGCCAGGUGCACCGGCUACGCCUUCAUCACCCCCGACCCGGCCGGCCGCGAGGUCGCGGACGUCAAGGCCCUCGUCCGCUCCGCCAUCCACGCCGCGGCGCCGGACCUGCGGUUCGACGUCGUCGCCACCUCCCCCAUCGUGGCCGACAUGGGCCUGCGCUUCGCCUCGCCGGAGGACCGCGUGGCGGCCAUCGCCAGGCAGCCGUUCGAGCUCGACGGCUACUCGGUGCAGGUCGUGCCCGAGGGGCAGCAGAGGAACUGCUACCGGUCCCGGCUGGAUUACCUCGUCCACAUCAACCUGCACAGCUACCCCAGGGAGGAGCGGGCGGAGAAGGACAUCCAGGGCCGGCUUUGGACCAGUGCGAGAGGUAGCUCUGAGCCCACCCAGCAAGCAGCACGCAACCACCACUAGGGCCUGCCCAAACAAGCCCAGGCAACACGCUGCCCUGUCGUUCGCCUGGAAUCCAGGGAGACGCACCGACACAGGAGCACGGAGACGCAUCGACACAGCAGCACGCCGACACCAGCGCACCGCACCGAACCUGGAGCUGAGUUUGGGGAUCAAAUCAGCAAGAAUUCGGGGAAGAGAUCAACUGAUCAAGAUCAUCAUUCAGAAGCAUAAUCAUGUUACCUAAAAAACAUCUAUCUGGCUGUGAGAAAAGAAACAACAAGAAAAGAGUAGACAAGUUGAUUAAAUCUCAGGAAGGCGCUAUGGAUAUGUUUGUCUUGAGGACCGGUGCUGCUACAAAUUCAGAGCAAUUAUAUAUCACAAAUGGUGAAGAAAAACCUGAUGAUACUAAGAAUGCCGUUGAGGAAAAUCAUGUCGAGAAAAAUAAUGCUGCG